AUGCAGAAACCUUGGAGAUUCCUUUGAUUUUGGCUUUCUGAAGUGUUAUUUGAUGCUUUUGAUUCGUUAAAAGUUGAGUUGCUUUGAAUUAAUUGAUUGAAUUGCCCAAAGUCAUGGAAGGGUGGAUUUCAAUCAAUGUUAGAGUUUUUGAAGCUUUCAUGAGUCACUGAAUUUGUUUCCUUUGAGACAGAGACUCUUAAUGUUGAGAAGAUGAGGAAAAGUAUUCCAGCCACAGACAUUUUAUAA